CACUGGGUGUAGAAGUACUGCUGCAGUCCGGGCCACCACCCACUGCACUGUGACCCUGUAGGGACUUCGCCUCCCAGUCUCAGCAGCUGACCUGCCUACCGGUCUUCAUCACCAAUGGCUAAAGGUUCCUUUCUGCGCAAGCCCUGGGCUCCAGAGCAGAUGUAUUUCGACUCUGACCCUGAGUCCGAGGGUCUCUUCGAUAAGCCGCCCCCGGAAGAGGGCCACACUGCCCGUGCACCCAAGUCGGCUGGCAGGAAAUCUGGUCGGCGUGCAGGCGGGAGGGUUCCAGGCACCCCCAAUGGACAGUCCCGGAAGGCCGCCGUGCGCCCUGAGCCCGAGGAAGAGGAGCUUCUGGUAGACGAGGGCUGCUACCUCGAUCACUUCCCGCACCUCUCCAUCUUCAUCUACGCAGCCAUCGCCUUCUCCAUCACUUCCUGCAUUUUCACCUAUAUCCAUUUGCAGCUUGCCUAAGCAGCCAGGGUCGGACGGGGUAGGGUUAGGGGAGCGAUUGGGGCAGGGAAACACGCAGUCUUUUGUUUUGGAGACGCGCUGCACCCCUUUCAUCUAGCAUUUGAUGCUUUUCUUUCCUGUUGCUUUAACUGGUCAUCAAAAGGUCCAAAUUCGCUGCCGGCAAUGAAUAAGCAGUGCUGCUUACACCCACAUUAAGUGAAAUUAGUCUGC